UGGUCUGCUUUCUUUAUCUAGUGAACAUGGGGAAAGUUGGUGUUUGCUCUGCAUGGACUGUGUGUACUUUUUAGGAGCUGUGAUGAGUGAGUCAGUGUUUGGAUGCAAAGGUCUCAGAGAAGGAGCCUGUGCCUUUAAGACUCGCCUGUGAAUUACUAGUUAUUUUCUGGAUCCGGGGUAGAGGGCGUUUUCCCUGGACAACAAGAAAAAAAAAAGACGAAGGCUGGAUGCAAAAGGCUGGAGGGAGAGGAAAAAUAUUAAUAAAUAACUAGUGAAGACAGUGGGGCCAACAGCAGCCUCUAGAGGGAGAGAUCUGGAGAAGACAAGCCCACAGACACCCCGGGCUUUGCUGUCAGAGGCUGGAAGGAGGGAUAGCGGUGGAUCGGCUGCCACCCAACCAGCACCAUUCAGCGAUCACAGGGAAGCCCCAGGUGCCCUAUUGAGAUUUCUCCUAACUCCCCUCCAAAUGCCAUUGAAUUAGCAAGCUCUGAAUUAGAGGUCCUCCCUCACCUCUCUACUCGUCGGAAUAAAUGCCGGGUAUCGCCCACCCAGCCAGGAGCUUCUGGGAAGCUGCCGCCUCCCACGCAAGAGGGCAGAAUGUCAUGGUUUAGUGGCAUCCUUGUCCCAAAAGUGGACGAGCGCAAGACGGCAUGGGGGGAACGCAACGGAAAGAAAGGCAAGCGAAAGAACACCAUGUUGUGUGGCCCCCGUUAUAUGAGUUGUCUUCAGGACCCUGAAAUGGAGAGGAACAAUCGCAACAACUUUGGCCUCCACUGCACUUGGCAAGAGGACCAUUAUGGGAAGAAGGGAACAGCAGGUGGUGACCUAGGACUUAAAAGUGUAGCCCUGGGUUUUGAGGAUGGGGAGGUCAAGAGUUCCAAAAUGGGUUCAACAGAAGCCGUCGGCACUGAGGACGGAGAUAGACAUUUGACCCCUCGGGAGUGCUGGGCAAGAUUUUUGCAAGUGUUUCAAUCCAAGAAAUUCCAGUCUGCAAAGCUGGAACGACUUUACCAACGAUACUUCUUCCAGAUGAACCAGAGCAGCCUGACUAUGCUUAUGGGGGCACUGGUUCUGGUGUGCCUGGUUAUGCUGAUCUUUCACUGCACUCACGGAGAGCCUGAUGUACUAUAUGUGUCUGUACUUGCUGUGGCCAUGGCCCUGUUUCUGUCGCUCAUGGUGGUCUGCAACCGCAAUGGCUUUCACCAAGACUAUAUGUGGAUUGUAAGUUACUUGGUGAUUGCAGUGCUCUUUGCGGUACAGAUUCUAGGGGUGUUUAUGGUCACCCCACGCAGUGCCUCAGAAGGGAUUUGGUGGAGCGUUUUCUUCAUCUAUAUCAUCUAUACCCUGCUUCCCGUUCGUAUGAGAGCAGCUGUAUUGAGUGGUCUUGUUUUGUCUGCUCUACACCUCAUCAUCUCCUGGAGGCUAAAUGCGGAUGAUGAUUUUCUCUGGAAACAGCUGAGCGCCAAUGUGCUGAUCUUCCUUUGCACAAACAUCAUCGGAAUUUGCACUCACUACCCAGCAGAGGUAUCCCAGAGGCAGGCCUUCCAGGAGACGCGAGGGUAUAUCCAGGCCAGACUGCACCUUCAAAGAGAGAACCAGCAACAGGAGCGCCUCCUGCUGUCUGUGUUGCCACGUCACGUAGCUAUGGAGAUGAAAGAGGACAUCAACACCAAAAAGGAAGACAUGAUGUUUCAUAAAAUCUACAUCCAGAAACAUGACAACGUCAGCAUUCUGUUUGCAGACAUUGAGGGUUUCACCAGCUUGGCGUCCCAAUGCACAGCACAGGAACUGGUCAUGACUCUGAACGAACUGUUUGCGCGAUUCGACAAGUUGGCAGCAGAAAACCACUGCUUGCGGAUAAAGAUCCUGGGGGACUGCUACUAUUGUGUUUCUGGUCUGCCUGAGGCCCGAGCUGAUCACGCACACUGCUGUGUAGAGAUGGGAGUGGACAUGAUUGAAGCCAUCUCGCUGGUGCGGGAGGUCACCGGUGUGAACGUUAACAUGCGCGUAGGCAUACACAGUGGACGUGUUCACUGCGGUGUCCUUGGCUUGCGCAAGUGGCAGUUUGAUGUGUGGUCCAAUGACGUGACUCUGGCCAAUCACAUGGAAGCAGGAGGCAAAGCCGGAAGGAUACACAUUACCAGCGCAACUCUGAAGUACCUGAAUGGGGAUUACGAGGUGGAACCGGGCAACGGCGGCGAGAGGAACGCAUACUUAAAAGAAAAUGAUAUCAAGACCUUUCUGGUGACGGGAUGCAGUCAGAAAAGGAAAGAGGAAAAAGCAAUGUUGGCAAAACUUCAGAGGACUCGAACCAACUCUAAUGAAUGCCUCACCCGUGUCUGGGUACCUGAGAGAACAUUUCCACGAAACAAAGGCUCAAAAGCAUUCCGUCAGAUGGGCAUUGAUGAAUCAAGCAAAGAUAAUCGAAACACACAAGAAGCCCUAAAUCCCGAGGAUGAGGUGGAUGAGUUCCUGGCUCGUGCAAUCGAUGCUCGGAGUAUUGAUCAGCUACGAAAAGAUCACGUCAAGAAAUUCCUGCUCACUUUUCAAACUCCAGACCUAGAGAAAAAGUAUUCCAAGAAGGUGGAUGACCGGUUUGGGGGCUAUGUGGCCUGCACUCUGCUGGUCUUUUGCUUUAUCUGUUUCAUCCAAAUUGUGGUAUUCCCUCAUUCCCUCGUCAUGCUUGGAGUCUACACGUGCAUCUUUAUUAUUCUGGCCAACAUUAUGUUUGUGUGUGCCGUGUAUUCUUGCAUAAAGGUCUUUCCAUCAGCUUUGCAAAAGAUAUCACGGAAGAUUGUGCAAUCACGAACAAACAGCACCCUUAUUGGGAUAUUCACUAUAUUGUUGGUGUUCAUAUCUGCCUUUGUCAACAUGUUUGCCUGUAAUCACCAGAGCCUUGCUGAGUGUGCUGCUCAGGAACUGAACAUCAGUUAUGGGUCUGUCACUGCCUGCCACCUCCAUAUCCUUAACUACAGCCUGAGCAUGGACACUGCUCCGUGUGGCUCCCACCAGCCCACGUGCAAUUUCCCAGAGUAUUUUAACUACAGCAUCCUCCUGAGCCUGCUGGCCUGCUCAGUCUUUCUGCAGAUCAGCAGCAUUGGGAAGCUGGCACUCAUGUUAUCCAUCCAGAUCCUCUACAUCCUCAUUGUAGAGGUGCCGGAGGUCAUCCUUUUUGAUAACUACGACCUGCUUGUGACAGCAAAUUCAUUAGCCUCUAAUCGAACUCUGGAAGCUGACGAAUGCAGCACGGUGAUCAGUAAGAUAGCUCUGAAGUAUGUGACUCCUGUCAUUCUCACUGUGUUUGUGCUGGCGUUAUAUCUUCAUGCGCAGCAAGUGGAAUCCACAGCAAGGCUGGACUUUCUUUGGAAGUUGCAGGCAACAGGAGAGAAGGAAGACAUGGAGGAGUUGCAAGCAUAUAAUCGACGUCUGCUCCACAACAUCCUUCCGAAAGAUGUUGCUGCUCAUUUCUUGGCCCGGGAACACCGGAAUGACGAAUUGUACUACCAGUCCUGCGAGUGCGUGGCGGUUAUGUUCGCGUCAAUCAGUAAUUUCUCAGAGUUUUACGUUGAACUGGAGGCCAACAAUGAAGGAGUGGAGUGUCUGCGUUUGCUCAAUGAGAUCAUUGCUGAUUUUGAUGAGAUUAUCAGCGAGGACAGGUUCCGCCAACUUGAAAAGAUUAAAACCAUCGGUAGCACUUACAUGGCAGCUUCUGGUCUGAAUGACACCACCUACGACAAGGAAGGGAAGACGCACAUUACUGCCCUUGCAGACUACGCAAUGAAGCUCAUGGAGCAGAUGAAAUACAUUAAUGAACACUCCUUCAAUAACUUCCAGAUGAAGAUCGGGCUUAACAUUGGGCCUGUUGUUGCUGGAGUAAUCGGAGCACGUAAACCUCAGUAUGAUAUUUGGGGAAACACUGUGAAUGUAGCCAGUCGCAUGGAUAGCACUGGGGUACCAGACCGCAUACAGGUAACUACUGAUCUGUACCAGGUGCUGGCAGCCAAAGGUUACCAAAUGGAGUGCAGAGGGGUCGUUAAGGUCAAAGGGAAAGGGGAAAUGACCACCUACUUCCUCAAUGAUGGGCCGGCCAGCAGUUAGCAGGAAUCUUUGCUUCCUAAGGAUAGAGGAUCCAGAUGCCUCAUCCAAACCCCGUGCAGAUGACCCAGAAUGACAAGGAAGCUACCUACAUCCUCAGCAGCAAAUGGGUUGGUGACAGCAGAUCCCUGGCCCUGAGAUGCAGAGUUUGGCAGCAGCGUGUUUGUGUGGUGCUGUGCUCCGUGACUGUGCUGCCAUGAAACCGAGUCAGACUCAGCUAUACUAUGAAAGAGGAGAGAAGCAGCUUUCACCCUGGCACUUACGGAAUACUCACAGGCGGUACUUGCAAGUUAUUUAUUGUGAAUGAGAUGUCGAGAUUAUUUUUUUUUUCCUUUUUAUUAUUUUUUAUUAUUAUUUUAAUGUAUGGGAUAAAACAAAACGAGAGAUUUUAAGCGGCAUAAAAUGAAAGUUUUAAAAAUUCUCUUAAAACUGACCAAAGAGCCAGAAGUAUGGGCCAUAGCAGGGAUUGAAGGGCAUUGCCUUGUACAUUUUAAAGCGCUGUAUGUUUUCUCUUGUGGAUUAUGUGACAUGUAUCCAGCGACAGGUGGAAUAAAAGGAUGUUUCUUCACAGGAGCCCAGUUGCACCUGCAGGUCGUUGCAAGGGCAACUAAACCUUUUGCUUCUCCGUUUUUACCUCCCCUUCCAAAUGUGCCCAUUACAGAUCAUUUCCACCGCUUUGGAUUCUUUACAGAUCAUUCUCCAGCAGGAGCAAACCCUUCCUUACAUUGGACCCUGACAAGCUCCAGAAAAAGUGCAUUUUGAGCUGUUCAUUUUCCAUGUUUUGUUCUCCCAAGGAAGUGCUUUCAAUAGACCUCUCUGUUAUCCCUUUGCAUCCCAGGAGAGUUGCAUGGGAACCACAACCUGAAAACAGACUUCAGCAGUCUCUGCCUUUACUGAUCUCCUUCCUCAACUGCCUCUAAACACAAGAAUUACCGAAGCAGAAACGGAGGAAUGAGGAUACUGAUGCUUGCGCCUUCUUCGUUUCCUGACUCUUCUGUCUGCGUUUUUUUUUCUUCACUGUGAAGCUGUUGGAAUUUCCGUCUCGUUUGCCAAAAUCAAAUCCAACCUGUGGAUUAAAAACAAAUCUUUGGUUUGGA